GCCCUAAGAAGAACAACCGCCUGAUGAUUUCUAUUAGCAAAGAAGUGUUGGGUCGGAGCCGGGAUUUGUAGGAAUUGUAGUUUUACGCCAAGUUUAGCAACCGGCUAACUACCAACUUCUCAACGGCUGUUACCGACUACGGUCGCACACAACUUCAGAAUGCUAAAGGGGCUGCGUAUCCAUGGCGGAGAGCAAUGACUGAGGAGUUUGACGAAGAUGUGGUAUUUGAGAACUCCCCUCUUUUCCAGUACCUGCAGGAUCUAGGGCACACGGACUUCGAGGCAUGUCCUACGGCGUCCCAGGAGGACGAGUACGGCGGAGAAGAGGGAGACCUCAUCCCUGAUGGAGAAGGUCCCCACAAAAGCUCAGGAGGACGUCUGUGGAGACUGGCUGAGGCCCUGUGGACAUGGAGCCCUCUUCACCAGGCAGCCGCUUCCCAUCAGCUGGAGAAGCAACUGGACGGCGUGUUCGGCCAGUACUCGGUCAGGUGCAUCCUGGACCAGGACGUGCUGCUGCAGGAGGACGUGGAGCUCAUUGAGCUGCUAGACCCGAGCCUGCUCACCUUCGGCUCCUCGCCCUCCGGCUCGCCCAGCCGGGGGAUCACCCUGCCCAAGCCCAGCCUCAUUGCCAAGCCCUCCCUAUGGGAUGUGGCGGCGCUGGUGGGGCUGGCCGCCGUGCUGCUGGGACUCUGCACCGCAUCUGAAGGCCUGUGGUCGCUGGUCGCCGCCCCGUGGGGCCUCGGCCUGCUGGGCUGGCUGGGGCUGAGGGGCGUCACGCUGUGGAGACGGGGCCGCCUGCAGAGAGCCGUGCACACCAGGGCCACGCAGCUCCAGACUCUCGUCCACAACAGCAAAACUCUGACCGGCCUGUCCCGCAAAGCCCUGCGCCUGGUCCAGGAAACAGAGGUCAUCUCCAGAGGGUUCACUCUGGUGAGCACGGCGAGCUCCUUUAGCAGGGCGGGGCCGGGGGCGGUGCCACGAGGCCAGCAGCUGAUCGGACUGAGGAAGGCCUUGUACCGGGCGCUCCGCUCAUCCUUCAGAGCCUCUCGGAGGGCCACCUGUCACAUGCUUAAGGCGUUCCCUCUGAACUCCGAGAUUGACAAUGUGACAAACUACGUGUGCGCGGUGCCUCUGAAGGAGCUGGGCCUGGGACUGGGAAUCGAGCACCUGGGGGACGAGCAGGCCCAGGAGCUGACGGAUGACUACAGCCUGCCCGCCCUGAAGAUGCUGUACCAGCUGUGGGUCGGCCAGAGCUCCGAGUGUUUCCGUCGCCUGGCCCUCCUCCUGUCCCCGCACCGGAUAGAGGAGUCAGCGGAGGGGGCGCCCCGCGCCGAAACCUCGCCCCCCGCUCCCCAUCCCCUGCCGCUGCACCGGUCCAUCGCCGCGGUGACCGAGCCCCUCCACCGCGGACUGGCCAGCUGCCUCGGCGAGGUGCAGCGCAGCUACGACUUCCACCGGCACUUCGAGAUGCAGCCCAGGGCGGCGGGCUCCGACCGGACCGGGCGGGCCCGGGAGAAGUGCAGGGAGCUCAACACCCUGCACACCUCCAUCAGGAGCCUGCAGCUGCACCUCAAGGCCCUGCUCAGCGAGAUGAUCAUCCUGGAGGACGAUCUGGAGAAGCUGAUGGUGUCCAAGGAACUCACCGAGUUGACGCUGGAUGGCUACAAGGACCUCAGCGAGCGGCUGCACCAGCUGCAGCCGCACAUGCAGGCCAGCGCAGGCUGCUGGGAGGACACCAUCUGCCAGGUGGAGCGCAUGCUGAGACGGGCCAACUCCUGUCCAAGUAACGCUGACAAUGCAGAGCAGGGUGGCUUUCAGAUGCCUGUUCCCGCGCCUCCUCCAUCCUACCCUUUGAUCCUAGACCGAGACCCAGUACCAGAGGAGCUGGAUCUGGAGGCCUACGUGUCGGACUCCGACUCCGACGGUGACGGCAGAGGGUCGUGGUCCGACAUCUUGCCCCCGGAGGAGCGGGAGCGGCAGCGGAGGGAGAGGGAGGAGUCCCGCCGCGUCCUGUCAGAGCUCAAAGCCGUUCUGGGCUUCCGCGCGUCAGAGGGAGAACGGAUGAAGAGGAAGCAGCUGCUCUUCAAUGACCAAGCUGCUGUGUCACCUUCAGCUGUGGCUGAGGGUUCUGACCCCGCCGCCAUGCUGCCUGGCCCUCCGCCCUCCGAGACUCCCACCGAAGACGGAAACCACCUGUCAGAGCGGCCCGCUGAGGAGGACGAAGAGGAAGGGGAAGGCGGGCCCGGCGGGGCGCGGCCCGACCCCUCCACAGCCGCCGCAGCCGCCGCCACGGAGUUCAGCUGCGGCCCCGAGGGAGGACCGGCGGGAGGAAGUCCAGCCCGCAGCAGAGGGGGAGGAGGGGGAGCAGCCGAGCUCCACCAGUACGACGGCAUCGCCGAGGAUGAGGAGGAGGGCGAGAGCCGGAACGGCCUGGACUGCUUCCUGAAGCCCAAAAUCCCCGCCGUGUCCCUCAUGGACCGCCUGACGGAGAUGCACGGCUCGGAGGCUCUCAGCCUCAGCUCCGCCCUCGCCGCGCAGGUGGCCGCCCGCUCACACUCGCUCAUCAACAUGGAGGAGCAGACGUUUGGAGACGACGAGGUGGAGGAGGAGGAGGAGGAAGAGGAGGAGGAGAGCGAGCAGAGAGCCUCCGAGAAGGACUAGAGGCGGGACUCCGGAGGCCACCGGGCUGAGACUGAUCUUCUUUUGUCGACGGCUCCGUGUCGCAUCUUUAACUGCUUCUGACGCGGAGGUAAUUCAAACACUCCACCCCCACCCCCCCCAUCCGUCCGUCCGUCCACGCCGCCGUGUCCGCACGCCGCCCCACAGUUCUUACCGCUCCCUCGCUGUCCAAACUCAGGUACCAGAGCCACUAACGCAAAACGCGACCUCACCGCGCCGAGGCCAGGCGAGCAGAGGGUCCUCAGUUUGACCCGCUGACCACUCGCUGCCAGGCCAUCUCAGUCUUUCUGCAGACGUGGGAGGGCGGCGUGAUCGUCCACAUCGUCACAUGUGUUAGAGGGUGGUUCAGAAGGAAAAAAAGGCAGUUUUAACUGUGUCAUGGGGGGUGGAUAUAUGGACUUCAGGUGGGUUCAGAUAGAAAAACCGAGUUCCCCAUUGGACUGUUUGCAUAUGUCCACCCUGAGGUUGACUGAUGCUGG